AUGCCUGCACGACCCCACCUCGCCGUCAAACUGGCAAACCAGGCCAGCCCCGAAGCAUUACUCGCCAAGCUCAAGGACACCUAUGGCGCGCCUACGCCUCGGGCCAAGCACGUCGACGUGCCCUGGCACUCUAGCUUCGCUCGUCUCGAGGUCCACUCGACCAAGACGCUGCCCUCCACAAGCCGAGACUGGAUCUGGAACCUGUUUGAGCGCAACAUGCGGCCCCUCUACGAGGCGCAACAAGAUGGCUACGACGCGCAAGAGAAGCGCGCCGAGGUCUUCCACCCCGACUCGCGCUUCCUCGUCCUAUCGCCCGUGCCGCCAGCAGCCGCCGCCGGCGCCGCACCACCUCGACCCGCACCACUCGGUUUCUGCAUCUUCCGCUUCGACACGGAGGAGACGGCCUCGGAGGAUGACGACGAGCUGUGCGACGUCGCGUACUGCUACGAGCUCCAAGUCGACGGCGCGCAUCACGGCAAGGGCAUCGGGCGAGUGCUGAUGGACGCGCUCGAGCGCACGGCGCGAGCGUGGAGGAUGGACAAGGUCAUGCUCACAGUCUUCAAGGCGAACGAGCAGGCGCUCGCGUUCUACGCCAAGGUCGGGUAUACAGAGGACGAGAUCGACCCGGGCAGGUUCGGCGUGCUUGACGUAGACUACUCAAUCCUGAGCAAGAGCUUGAGCCCGUGAACCUC